ACUGUUUCGGUUUCCAUCUCAACCCAGUGCCAGUUGAUUCGCACAGCUGAAACACGGCGGUCAGACGUCGAAAGGUCUACAUUUGCCGCACCGCUGUACAGUAUCUGACGGAUACGUAUCCGAAACUGGCUGCUGGCCAUUGCCAUAUACGUAACGCCGCUGAUGCACUCUGCUCGCCCUCGUUGAAUUCGACAGUCAGUCUCCAGUCGCAUCUUCCGCUCGAUCCACAGUCAACAUGGGUCUGUCCGCCACUACAGUGAAGCAUCUGCUGCUCUUGCUCAACUUCGUGUUUUCCGUGCUCGGACUGGCGCUGAUCGCAUUCGGAAUUUUCUUUUUGAUCUCCGCCGCCGAGAAUGCAGUCAGCAUUGGUGAAAAUGUGGCCGGUGGCCUGAUCGUUGGCCUGGGCGUUGUCAUCCUGAUCAUAGCGAUCUUCGGCUGCUUGGCCGCCAUUCACGAGGCUCCUGUUAGGCUCCUGAUCUAUGUGGGCGCCGUGGUACUGUUGAUCCUGUCCCAACUGCUGUUUCUGAGCAUGGCCUCGCAUGGCACCAAGGACGGCAUCUCGGGCAGCAUCAACGAGGGCUUCGAUCGCCUCUGGGAGUCGGAGCGCAACCAGACGGGUGCCCUGGCCUACUAUGAGAGCUGGCUGCACUGCUGCGGGGUCAACAGCUCCGAGGACUACUGGAUCGUGCAUCACGGCAUUCCGUCCAGCUGCUGCGAGGAGAACAAGUGCCUGGACACGCCAAGUCGGGUUUACAAGCCCGGCUGCAAAGCCGAGUUCGUGAAGUACCUGGACGACAAAUUGCUGGUGUUCAAAAUCGUCUGCUGGCUGCUUGUCAUCGGCGAGGCGGUGGGAGCUGUAUUCGGUUGGCUGCUCUACAGCAGCGUUAAGAAUCAGAGCCGACGCAACAAUGCCGUGUGGAUGUGAAGCGUUACCUAAGUCAUCUAAGUAUUAAAUAUUAAUAUUAAAAAAUGUUCUCUAAUCAGUUGUUAAGUUUCCGAAAUUGUUAACAACUAUUUACUAAUGAAAGAGUUGGUAACCUGUAAUCUGUAUCAAAAACAU